AUGGACAGCGGCGGCGGCGGAGGCGGCAAGGGCGAAGGCGGCCCUCGUCGCCGCCCGCGCGGCGGCCGUGGCCGCAACAGGGGUGGCGGCGCCAAUGGCGGCGCCAAUGGCGGCGCCAAUGGCGGCGCCAGCGGCGGCGGCAACGGCCACGGCCACGGCGGCGCCAACGGAGCCGCUCCCGCGGAGGCAAACGGAGACACCAUCUCGGCACUCCCCGCUCCGCCGGCGGCCGGGCCGGCAGCCGCCAAGGCCAACCCAAACUCGCGCACCUCGAGCACGACGCGCGCCCACCUGACCGGCAACUCGUUUGCGUCGCUCGACAUCCACCCGCUGACCAAGAAGGCGAUCGCCGAGGUGCUGUGCUACGAGGUGAUGUCGGUGGUGCAGGCGCAGACGCUGCCCGUCAUCCUCUCCGGCUUCGACGUCAUCGCCAAGGCCAAGACCGGCACCGGAAAGACCAUCGCCUUUCUGCUCCCGACGAUCGAAGUGCUGCUGAAGCCCGCCACCGGCGGCGGCGUGCGUGCGCUCGCCAUCUCUCCGACGCGCGAGCUGGCGUCGCAGAUCCGCGACGAGGCGGAGCAGCUCAUCACCUUCCACAAGCCCGCCCUCACCACCGCCGUCGUCGUCGGAGGCACAAAUAUCAAGUCCGACGCGGACCAGCUGCUCGAAAUGGGCUUCCGGCCCGACAUCCAAAAGAUUCUCCAGGCGCUGGCGCCGUCGCGGGAGGCGCGCGCCGCCAUCACACCGCCGCUGCUGCUCUCCUCACCGCUCUGGCUCCCUCUUGCGCCCGAGCUGUUUGCGCUCGUCCAAGAGGCAACGGCCGAGCCGGGCUACAAGGCGUGGCUCGGCUUCUACAACUCGUACCUCAAGCGGCUCGGCUGGUCCAAGGAGGAGCUGGUCGAGCGCGCAAACGAGUACGCCUCGGUUGUGCUUGGCCUGUCGACGCCCCCCGCCCUGGAGGCGAAGACGGCGAAGACGGUGGGCAAGAUGGGCCUCAAGGGCGUGCCCGGGCUGAACGUGGGCAUGCCGUCUGACAGGGCGCAGUACAUCCACCGCCUCGGCCGGACGGCGCGCGCGGGCAAGAACGGCGGCGGCUACCUCCUGCUCGCCGACUUCGAGUCCUUCUUCCUCCACGACCUGCGCGACCUGCCCCUCAAGAAGCGGCCGCCGCUCGCCGCGGGCGCGAAGACGGUGGGCAAGAUGGGCCUCAAGGGCGUGCCCGGGCUGAACGUGACGCGGGGCGACGGUGGAGGAGGACGCAACGGCGGCAAGGGCGGCGGCGGCGGCGGCGGCAAGGGCGGGGGAGGAGGCGGCAAGGGCGGCGCGGCGGCGGCCAGCCCGCCGAGCCUCUCCGAGCUGAUCCUGCUGGCGCUGACCAAGUUCGCCGACCGCGGCAAGACGUCCUUCUACCGCUCAAUGCUUCGCCAAGAGGUGACGGGACUCGACACCGUGAGUCCGAAGCGCAGCUUUGGUGACAAGGGCGAGUGGAAGGCGGCGCUCGCAACGCUGGAGAAGGAGGGCAAGCUCACCUACUCGCUCCAGACGGACACGAUCACGCUGCCAACCGAGCCGCCUGAGGCCGCCGGGUCCGCCGUGGAGGAGGUUGGAGACACGUCGUCGGACGAGAGCGGCGACCGCCCCAUCAUCCCGUGGAUGUCGGCUGCGCGCGCGAGGAUCCGAGAUGCGAUCUCGGAGCUGCAGGAGCAGGAGCAGGACGAGUUCUCCGUCGAUGACUUUUUCGUCAAAGUCUUUCCCAACCUGAUGACGCAUGCGACGCCGCAAAAGGAGCGGGCGACGGCAAUGCACUUCCUGAUGAAGGAGCUCAACCGGCUCGAGGACGACGACAUCGAGGAUGUCAUGUUGCGCGAUGGCGUCAUCCAUUUCGUCAAGCCACCUUCAUCGUGA